AUGCGUCGUUCAGCCUUGUCGACCUACAUGCGGCACAAGUAUCGCACGGCGACAGAUAGUGCCUCUCUGCUUGCGAGCCCUCAACCAGGAAGGCAGGCACCUCUGGGAAUGAGACCGCCCGAACAUAAUGCCAACAUAGUAGAAGGGAUCCCUAGUACAAGCUAUCAGUCUUGGUCAGACAACGAUGCCUCUUGCCAUCAGACCCUCCCUCCUGCCGAAUUCGAUAACUACCGCCAGGCGGUUCCAACCGCAGCCUCGACCGCACCCACAACGCACAUCGAUCCAAUGCUGCUUUCCUCGCGGUCCCUGGAGCCUUUCGACCUGCCAAUGCAGGACACGGCUCAGUAUGGAUUCCUCGACGAUCUGAUGCUUCCAGAAUUCGAGGGACAGGCGGAAAGCUUACUGCCAGAAGAUGUUUCGUUUGACAAACAGACCGUUACCUUUGGUGGCAUAGCCACCCCAAAUACAUCCUCUGAGGCAAUCACACCCGACAUGAAUACAAUAUUACCAUUCACACCUGUUAUCUCAAGCUGGAACGACCAAUAUUCAACAUAUUUGCACGAGAGUGGACAGCAAAUAUCACCCCUGAACUUUGAUAAUGGCCACUUCCUACCAGAAACCAACCAUUCUCCAGCAAAACAAAGCUUCACUGACCCAAUAUACCCCCCGUUGCCUGAACUGAGUGAUGUGCCCUUGGAUCUCGCCCAAGACUUCGAGGAGUUCACGUCUCGGCCAGAAGCGAGUUAUCUCCCUGCCUGGUACGUAGAAACGCAAGCGUUGGCCUUUCCCAGCAGUGGAUUCGAAACAAACUGGCCAGCACCUAACUCCGAGGUCGUCAUCGCAACACCUACGAAAGCUGGACCGGUGGAAUCCAGGAUCUGUCAAAGAGAUACUUCGAAGGAUACAUUACUGCUCCGUUGUAAGGCGCAGGGCAUGUCGUACAGACAGAUCAAAGAGCUUGGGAAGUUCGAAGAGGCAGAAUCAACCUUGCGUGGGCGAUAUCGAGCUUUGACCAAACCAAGAGAGGCGCGGCUCAGGAAGCCAGAGUGGGGAGAGCGCGAAGUCCAUUUACUCUUCGAAGGAGUUUCUCAUUGCACCACGUCAAUUAUGGGUGCAUCCAACCUCAGCAAAGAGCUUGAUGCUAUCUCAAUGGGCCAGUUUGCGAACAAGGUACCCUGGAAACAGGUUGCUGAAUACAUGGAAGGGCAAGGAGCCUAUCGAUAUGGCAACGCCACUGUCAAGAAGAAAUAUCUCGAAAUCCUCAAGGCGGGCGGGAUGUCGAUGCGCACAAAGGGCCCGUGA